GGAGGAUGACUUGAAGUGAACUAUUCCAAAAAGAAUUAUUAUCUUAGUUCCUUCCUAGACACUUCUGGUUUGACCCAGUGAGUCGAUCGGUAAAAGUCAUCCUUUUUUGCUUAGAGACCAUAGAAUUAUUAUUUUCACUAGCGUCAAAAGGGCACUAACAUGUCUGUUUUUCCAUUUUCAUCGAUAAAGAUUAGUAGAUUACAUAAGUUGUAAACCUAUUGUUUAAAAAAUUAAGUUGGUAAAGAAGCAAACAAUGGUAAAAGGAAACUUUGCAUCUUUUUAUAUAAACAGGACAUCAUUUUUUUAAGGGGCACCAAAAUUAUUAUUUUUACUUAUUAGUUAGUAUUAUACAAAUAUAUUUCUUUUUAACCUGAUCAAUCUUUUGGGACAAAAAAUACAAGAGUGAAUUGAUCAUUAAGAAAUAAGAAUCAUAAUUUUCUUUUGGGACGCUUACGUUAGUUUCCCAAUCCUACUAUGGCUUCCACCCUUGCUUUGUUAUCAAUACUGUUCUCCAUCUUCUUCAUGCUAUUUACAUUAAUAGAAGCCACACACAAUACAACUGAAAAAACUCAACCCAUUAUCAUUCCAUUGGGGUCUUUCCUCGCUCCUAAAGGUGAAAAUACUUCAUGGCAAUCAAGUUCUGGCCAUUUUGCUUUUGGGUUUUACCCCAAAGGUAAUGGUUUUGCUGUUGGAAUAUGGUUGGUUAAUCCAUCUGAAAACACAACCACUGUUGUGUGGACUGCUAACCGUGAUGCUCCAGCAGUCUCCUCUAAAUCUAUGUUGAAUUUGACAGAGCAAGGUCUGCUUCUUCAAAAUGGAAACAGAGAUUCAGCUAUGAAUAAAGACUUGAGAGAUGAUUCAGAGGAGAAUUUGGUCUCUAAGGCAUCUAUGCAUGAUUCUGGCAACUUUGUGCUUUAUGAUGAGAAUUCUACAGUUAUAUGGCAAAGCUUUGAUCACCCAACAGACACCAUAUUAGGAGGUCAGAGUUUGACUGCUGCUGAUGAUUAUUUAAUCUCUAGUGUGUCCGAAUCAGACCAUUCUAGUGGACGUUUCUAUCUUGGGGUGCAAGGUGAUAGAAGUGUUGCUGCUUACCCUUUUUACAGCUUCAGAAGUGAUGAGGAUGCUUACUGGGAUUCAAACACUUCGCAUCAGAUGUACGGACAACAGCUCAGUCUUGACAUUAAAGGCUUUCUUUGUGUAAAUGCUGCAAUUUGUGAUCCUUUAAAUCGAGUUUACCCUUAUAGUUCUUGUACACCUGAAUCUCCUGAUCAUCAUAGUCAAUGUUUCAACCAUACCAAUAAGCCUAGAAAGAAGUCAAACAACGCAACUUCAAUCUACCGUGCAACACUUGACGUAGAUGGAAACUUGAGAUUGUAUGAACACCAAUUUCAUUUUGAAGGCAACAAUAGCUCUCGUGUGGUAAUGUUGUGGAAAGCACUUAAUGAGACAUGUUUAGUGAAGGGGUUUUGUGGGUUGAACAGUUAUUGCACUUCCAACAUCAGCAGUGAUGCUGUCUGCAAGUGUUAUCCUGGUUUCAUCCUUUCCGAGACCAAAAGUAAUCCUAAAUUGCCUAUGGACUGCGUACAGAAACAUAGCAAAGAUGACUGUGAAAGCAGCGAAGGCACGGCGUUAUAUAAUUAUACUAACUUUAAGAAUAUGUCUUGGGGUGAUAUUCCAUAUUCUGUUAUACCUGUGAUGAACAUGAAAACUUGUGAGCAGGCUUGCCAAGAAGAUUGUGUUUGCGGGGGAGCAAUAUAUACAAACACUAGCUGCAAUAAAUAUAGGCUUCCACUUAUUUAUGGCAGGGUUCAAAAUGAUUCUUCCACCGUGUCUGUGGCCCUAUUAAAGAUUCGUUCUUCAACAACUGCCAUUAUUUCACCUCCAACCUCAAACAACACCAAUGUGCCUAAGCCCGAGGUUGUUGUUGAAAGCAAGAGGAAUCUGAUAAUGAUCCUAUCUCUUACUUUGGGCGUCGUUGCAUUAAUUUGUUUGGUCUUUGCAGUGUCCGUUUUCUUCACUUAUAGGCGUCAAGUUAAUAGGUACGCAAUGUUGUCUGAAAGUGAAAAACUUGAAUUUACUGAAGAAUGUUCCCUGCGUUCAUUUUCUUUUGACGAACUUGAAAAAUCAACUGGGGGAUUUUCAGAAGAGAUAGGGAGAGGAUCAUUUGGAGUUGUUUAUAAAGGUAAAAGGGGCAACAAUAACAAGAGUAUUGCUGUGAAGAGACUGGAGGAGAGAAUUACUGAUGAAGGGGAGAGGGAGUUCCAAGCUGAAAUUACUGCCAUUGCUCGAACUCAUCAUAGGAAUUUGGUUAAGCUUGUUGGUUUUUGUAUAGAAGGAUCAAAGAAGCUCCUUGUUUAUGAAUUUGUCAGCAAAGGAUCUCUUGCAAAUCUCCUCUUUGAAGGGGAAACGAGACUAUCUUGGAAAGACAAAAUGAAACUUGCAUUGGAUGUGGCUAGAGGUCUUUUGUAUCUACACGAAGAGUGUGAUGUCCGAAUCAUCCAUUGCAAUAUAAAUCCUCGAAAAAUACUUAUAGACGAAGCAUGGACCGCAAAAAUAACUGAUUUUGGAUUCGCAAGGUUAUCAAAGAGGGGCCAUUCAAGAACCAAAAUAGGGGAUGGUACAAGCAGGUACUUGGCACCUGAAUGGCAGAAGGAGGACGCAUCAGUAUCAGUAAAAGCUGACGUUUAUAGUUUUGGGGUGGUACUAUUGGAGAUUAUUUGCCGCAAAAGAAGUAUAGAUAUGAAUAAUAUUUCCUCGGCCGAUGAAAUCCCUCUUUCCACCUGGGUGUAUCAAUGUUUUGCAUCAGGACAAUUGAACAAGCUAAUCACACAUAAUGAAAAUGAUAUGGAUUGGAAGAUAUUGGAAAGAAUGGUGAAAGUCGGGUUGUGGUGUGUGCAAGACCACCAAUCUCUCCGUCCUGCAAUGAAGAAUGUAAUCUUGAUGUUGGAAGGUUUGAAAGAUAUUCCAGUUCCUCCCUCUGCAGCUCGCUUGCUUGAGUAGUCUUGUAGGGAUUGUUAUAUGUUGCUUUUGUGAAUUUUUAUUUUAUUUUUGUCUUGAAUUUGUUGUUCAGGUUGUGUACUAUACUAUAUGUCCCAACUGUUACAAUCUAGUAGUUUAAUUGUAAGGAUAUUUUAUGUGGGUAUGCUUGUUCGAUUUUGUGACUCCA